AUGACUCAGAUCGCCAAUAUCCCGUCGCUUGAGACGGCGCAAGAGGUCAUCUCGAAGUCGAGAAACUCCCAAUUUCCCCCGAACCUACUGCCUAUUACUGCCUCUAUCCCGGCGGAUCUUUUGACCCCUACCUUGGCAUACCUGAAGAUUGCGGAGAAUUCGCGACUAUCAUUCUUGUACGAGAGUGCCGCUACCACCGAGACGAUUGGGCGAUACAGUUUCGUUGGUGCUGAUCCCAGAAAGGUACUUAAGACUGGUCCUGGCCAUGGCCCCGAGGCCGACCCUCUCCCCUAUCUCGAGGAGGAACUCUCCCAAUACCGCGUUGCCUCAGUACCCGGUCUGGUACUUCCACCUUUGACCGGUGGUGCCAUUGGAUAUGUGGGCUACGACUGUGUCCGAUACUUUGAGCCGAAGACCGCCCGACCCAUGAAGGAUGUUUUGGGAGUGCCGGAGUCAUUCUUUAUGCUGUUCGACACGAUUGUUGCCUUUGAUCAUUUCUUCCAGACGGUCAAGGUUGUCAGCUAUGUCCCCAUCCCCGCCAACGACGCCGAUAUCGAGACCGAAUAUCGCAAGGGCCAGGCGGCUAUCCAGAAGACCAUCGAAACCCUGUUGCAAGACCGAACACCCCUACCCCCGCAGGGCCCUAUCAAGCAGAACCAGGAGUACACAUCCAACAUUGGUCAAGAGGGCUACGAGAACCACGUCAAGAAGCUGAAGGAGCACAUCGGCAAGGGCGAUAUCUUCCAGACUGUCCCCUCACAACGGCUAUCCCGUCCCACCACCCUUCACCCUUACAACCUCUUCCGCCAUCUCCGCACCGUCAAUCCCUCACCAUACCUUUUCUACAUCGAUUGCCAGGAUUUCCAGCUCGUAGGCGCCAGCCCCGAGCUGCUUGUCAAGGAAGACCGAGGCCGCAUCAUCACUCACCCAAUUGCGGGCACUGUGAAGCGCGGCAAGACCAUGGAGGAGGACACGGCGUUGGCUGACGAGCUACGUGGCAGUCUGAAAGACCGUGCCGAGCACGUCAUGCUUGUCGAUUUAGCCCGCAACGACGUAAACCGAGUUUGCGACCCGAACACCACACAAGUGGACCGAUUGAUGGUUGUCGAGAAGUUUUCCCACGUCCAGCAUCUCGUCUCGCAGGUUUCCGGUGUACUACGGCCAGAAAAAACUCGUUUCGACGCAUUCCGGUCCAUUUUCCCCGCUGGUACGGUCUCCGGUGCGCCAAAGGUGCGGGCCAUGCAACUCAUUGCCGAGCUGGAGGGUGAGAAGCGUGGUGUCUACGCCGGUGCUGUCGGAUACUUUGGAUACAAUAUUUCCAACACCGACGGCUCGAGCGAGGAACCCGGUGCGAUGGAUACUUGCAUCGCGCUCCGAACCAUGAUGGUCAAGGACGGCGUUGCCUAUCUCCAGGCUGGUGGUGGUAUUGUUUUUGACUCGGACCCAUAUGACGAGUAUAUGGAGACGAUUAACAAGCUCGGCGCUAACAUUGCUUGUAUCCGUGGUGCUGAAGAAAAGUAUCUGAGCAUGGAGGGUAGCCAGUGA